GAAGCACAGAGUCCUAACCAUUGGACCAUCAUGGAAGUCCCUAAUGUGUGUUUUUUUUAACUGGAGUCUUGACUUUUAGAAAAGCCCCAAGCUUUCAUCGUUUAUAUAAAUCACAAGGAUUUCUAUAAUAAGAUAUGGGAAUCUCUUACAGAAGUGCUGUAAAACUUGUUCCUUGUGGGGUACCCAUCCCUGAAUAAGUGUUGUUUUCUCUCAACAGCGUCACCCAUGAAGUGUAUUUUGACUUUCUUUUUUAACGUUUCAAAGGAAAACGACAGACUGCCUUAACUUAUGUGCGCUUCCUCAUUGUAAAUAGGCUUGCUUCCUGUCUGGAUAUUUUUGUGCCUCCGUGUUCUACUCAUUAACUACUUUUGAAGUUUUAAUCUAUAUUAUUUCCACUUUAUUUUGUGUACAAGGGGGAAAAUGAAAAAGCUGGAAUCCCCUCACCUCCCAAAAUGCUUAUUUUCCAUACUAAGAUUUGGGAAGUUCUUACAAAAGAGGCAUUCCCCACCCCCACCCCACCCCACCGCCUCCCCAGCAUAAAAACCAUGCAUUCCUUUUUGUUUAGGUAGGCAGGGCGGAUCCUCUUUCUCCUCGGGUUGCAGAAGAGGAAACUGAAGUCUUGAGGAGUCUCAGGGGAUUUAUCGUGGUAAAGAAGACAGGAGGGUGGUCUAGGCGGCUGGUGCUGUGAGUGCAAAGGCCCAGCGGGAGGAGGCUUUGUGUGUGUGAUGAUGAAUUCAUGGGCUCUGCUUUGGCACUGCAUGUCAUCCCGGUUGGAUCUUACAGGCUCAUCAAACUCAGCCUUGAGCCACGAGGCCACCACUGACAGCCGCUAAGCUUUGGUUCCUUGGUGGAACGACCUUUUUGGGUGGCCUCAGUAUGGCAGUUGGAAUGGGGCCGAUCUCUGGGACAUCCAGUCAGGUGUAGAGCCUCUGUUGGGGCAAAUUCUUUCCCGGGCUCAGCCGGGGUGGAGCCCAGGGCCCGUUUUGAAGGGCUUUUCCACAGGAGCGUGGGGCCUGAGAUUUCAGUGUCCCAGGCCCGCCGGCCCCAGCAGUGAGCCCAUGUGCUUGUGUGACAGGAAGGACCUGGUUCCUGUGAUAACACGCCGGAUCUGGCCCCUCUUCCGGAAGGGAGCCAUUGGAGGGAUGGAGCUGGCUCUUAUUUGGAUCCCAGGGCUGGACUUGGGCCCUGGGGAGCAGGGCAAGGGAGGGGUGAGCACCCCGAGAAUUCCCCAAGCCAGCUGCAUGCAGUGCACGGCCUCCCCACACCCGGCCAGAGCACACAGACGUGCCCGUUCCCAAACCUCUGCUUCCUGGGCCCCGGAGACAUUCAGAGGCAGCUUGGCCAGGGGAAAAGAAAGACCUGGGGCUCAGUAGCCCCGUGGCUCUGCCUGUCCUAGGUCGUCACCUGUCCCCGUCACCCUGACCCUCCUGUGCGCCUUCCUCCCCACGGCCCUGCCCCCACCCCCCCCACCUGCCCUGUCUCAUCUGGUGGAUGGCCCGUCCGCCUGCAGGAAACAAAUGUGGGAGGCAGCCUGUCCUCUUUCCUCACAGCCGCUCAGUUACCAGGUCGCCUGGAUUUCGCAUACUUUUAUUUAGAGCAUUGAGGCUCCCGGCCGCCUCGGGUGCACCUCGCCUCUCUCGGGGCUCCCCUGCACACGCUGAUGUACCAGUACAAGCCUGGUCCUGGUCGAUCCCCCCGCCCUGCCGUCUGCCCUGGUACGUCCAGACUCCACAGCACCUCCUGCUCCCCUCUCUCCCCAAGCUGGGACUUGCGCACUGAGCUCCGGCCCCCUCUGUCUGCCUGGCUGCGUCUCACCUCUGCCUCUGUUCCUCCCUGUGCCUGGGAAGGAAAAACCCCUGCUCCUUCCCCUUGGCUCCGGUUAUGACGGUCUCCCACUCAGUGCUCUGUGGGGACAGACGCUGUCAUGUUUUGGCCGUGCCCCCCAGCAUGCAGAACCUUAGCUCCCCGACCAGGGAUCGAACCUGCACCCCCUGCAGUGGAAGCACGGAGUCUGAACCGCUGGACCAGCAGGCAAGUCCCCAGGCACUGUACUUCCGUCACCUCUGUGCCCAGCGUGGUGUUUCUAGACACUUGUCAGGGCCACCAGAGGUGAAGGUGAGGCAGCUCCCAGGGAGAGGGAUGGAAGGACAGGAGGAGGCGUGUUCUGGGGAACCCCCCUCCCACCCCUGUGAUACUAGAGGCUGUUUUCAGACCCAGUCUACAGAUGUGGGGACUGAGCUCAAAGAGGUGCGGUGCCAGCAAGUGACAGAGCCAGGACUUAACGACUGGAGCUGUUCAGCUACAAAACUCACACUGCAUUCUUGUGGCAAACUCACGUACUUGCUGAGGCCGGUGGGUGUUAUGAAUGAGUGGAGUAGGCCCAAGAGGAUGGGUGCUGGAUUCCAAGAGACAGCCAGUGGCGGCCCUGUAGAAAAGUAGACGUGAGCUGCUAGCUCUUGUGACCCCUCCCCGGAAGCCAGACAUUUUGGCUUUCAUGUGAAACCUCUCAGUUUCUUAAGGCUAACUCAGAUUUCUUUAAAGAGCACAAACAGGGACUUCCCUGGUGGUCCAGUGUUUGGAGCUUUGUAUUUCCUCCGCAGGCAGCACGGGUUCAGUCCCUGCUCAGGGCACUGAGAUCCCACAGUGGAAGAAAAAAAGCACAAAAAAGCACAAACACAUCCAGGGCCUUGUGUGGCCGGCUGCAGCCUGCAUGCCUUGGGCCGGUGGUCUCUGCCAUGUUCUCUGUUGCCUCAUUGAACCUGCACCCACCUUCCCCUGGUCCUCUUGCCUCUAGAGUUUUCUCCAGAAGGAGAAGAAUCAGAGUUCCUGACUUAAAAGACCUGUUGCAAGAUUAUCUGGGCCAACCCUUAGCCAUUUAUGUUUCCUGUUUCACCAAAAAGAUAGGUAGGUGCAGACAAGUAAGGCCCUGUGAAAUCAGAGUCUGUGCUCCCCGGCUGGAGCCGCUGGACUCAGCCCUGCCGCCCCACCUGCAGCGGCCAUGGGCACUUCCUCCCGCCUGCCACUGUCUGCCACCACACACGGAGCUGCCGGUGGCGCUUAGGAGGGCACCGGCCCUGGGAUCUUGCCUCAGAGGACCCGGAUGUCGGGCGAGGGCGCCAAGGCUGCGCUCUGAGCCUGACUGUUGAAGUUUGUGUCUUCCACGUGGAAACAGGCGUCCUUAUUCACAGCCAGUGACAGCUGACUCCUCUCAUCCCAGCUCCUGUCUCAGCUGGGUGUGGGGUGGGACAGCGGAGUGGGGUCAGGCACCCCUUCGACUUAUAGGCAACCCCCCACCUCACCCCGAUUUCCUGCCAGGGAGGGUUUCCAAAGAGGAAGACGUCACAGUUCAGGGUACAGUAGGAAGGGUGGAUGUGGACAGAGUUGCACUUCUUUUUUUUGCGUGUGUGUAAUUUUUCUUUUUUUAUUGAGGUAUGGUUGCUUUACAGCGUUUCAGGUAUAUAGCAAAGUGAUUUAGUUAUAUAUUCUUUUUCAGGUUCAUUUCCAUUAUAGGUUAUUACAAGAUACUGGACAUAGUUCCCCUGUACCAUACAGUGUGUGCUCAGUCGGUCAGUCGUGUCCGUCUCUUUGCGACCCUACGGACUGUAGGCUGCCAGGCUCCACUGUCCAUGGGAUUUCCCAGGCAAGAAUACUGGAGUGGGUAGCUAUUCCCUUUUCCAGGGGGUCCUUUUUAAUCCCUUUUAUAUUAUAGCGGUGUGGAUCUGUUCACCCCAGACUUAUCCCUCCCCCGCUUUCUCCUCUGGUAACCAUGCGGAGACCCGCGUUUUUGAAAAGGAGAAAUAGGUGGUGGUAAAGAGGGCAGGAGCGGCUGUGCUUGAUCAGCGCGCCGCCUUCCUGGGUGACCACUUCUUUUCUGGAUGCAGUGGCAGGCAGGAGGAGAGGCAGCAGCCUCAGCUGGCAGUUCUGUCCAGAUCGAAGGUUGCCUAGUUGACCACAGGGCUCCCCAGUUUCCCGUGUAGUUGUUCAGGGGCAGAGGCACAGCAGUUCUUGUCCUGUGCAUUCUCAGCAAGUUUAGACCAGCCUCGUCCAGGGCAGCUGUAUGUGGCCAAUGCCGCCCCCCCAACACACACACACACACACACACACACACACACACACACACGCAGUGCACAGCACCCGACUGGGCUGAGUGCACAAUGAGAGAUCCAGUGGUCCUGGCUUGGGCUGCCCCCUGCUCCGCCUUGGGUGGUCCCUCUCCUUGGCCCCCUCAGGAUCAGAAAGCAUUCUCUGUAAACCGCAGAACCUAGCAUCCUGUGGAAUGAAUGAUAGAAAUGGUCUCCCUGAACCAUCACCCCCAAAAGAGACAGUCUCUAACUCCCAAACAAAAUUCUGGAAAACUCUGGCGUGAGGACAUUUGGGGCCUUCCUGCGUGAUGUUUCAGGGCGUUACAGUUGGCGCCUGCUCUUGUCACCUCUCCUGGUUCUGCUGGGUUGGGUUCCCAGAGCCCCAGAUGUCUCCUCCACUAAAAUCCAAACCAGGGCUGAGAUGGAUCCUCCCCACCAUUCAUCUUCUGAUGUCACCAGCUGGGCAUGAUCGAGGGAGGCCAGCCUUGCCAAGCCAAGCAGAGCCCUGGGACCCUGUUUCAUGAUCUCUGGGGCACAGAUGUCCCUGAUCAAUUCUCCCGUGAGACCUGUCAUCUGCUUGGCUCCCUGCCUCCGCUCUGGGGUUUCUUGCUGGCGGACUACAGGGUCUUCUCGCCCGUCCUCCUCCUCUGUUCCUUGAUGCCCCUACAUGUGAGCCCUUCCAGCGAGACCGACAGUCCACAGGGGUCCCUCCCUCCCUGAGAAGGACCCUCAGCAAAGUCUUUGCCUCCUUUUUCACUCUCGUGGUUUUGCAGUGUGACUCUGGUUAGGCAACACCGCGCGGACCGCAGCCUCCAUCCGCUCCCUCCCCGUCCAGGAAGAGGCUGGUUUCCCAGCGCGGAGGGUGGGCAAGGAUCUGGGCUUCCAGAGAAAUCUGCCCUGUCCUCGGGGCCGUGGCUGAAGGCAUCUCUCCUCUGUAGAUCAGCGAUGCCAGAGGGACUGGGACAAGACCGGGGGCUCCUCCCUUCCUAGGGAGGUGCCAACAGGCAGUCAGCUGGCCCGAGAAUUUUGUCUUGCCCCAGACCAAGUAGAUGGCUUUCAAACUGGUGAGACUGUUGGAAAAUCAGGGCUGGAUGGCAUAGAUACUUCUAGGGAAACGAAAGUGUCAUUGAGGUCACCUGGGGGCCAGUUGGCCCUGGCUCUUUCUUGGCCCAUCUGCCCCUUCGUCUUUGCCCUUGACUUUCUCAGAUAGUGGUUCCAACUGUGCUCUGCAGCAUCACACCCUCCAGAUGACACUCAUGGCAGAUAAGGAUCACGAGCUGCCCAUCCUUCUUCUGGAGGGUGCUGCCUGGGGUUCCGAGCCCCUCCCAGCCCUUUCUCGCCCUCAAGAAAUCAUGUUGGGACACCUGUGCGUGGGGCCAACGGUCGCGAACCCGCUGCCAGUGUAUUCUCAAAAAGUAACAGCAAGAAAGUAGAAAGUGUCCGCGAUCUGUGAUCCUGAGCUACGGACGGUUGGUGGCACGCCUCAGGCUGAUCGAUCCCACAUUAUGCGCGAGAUUCUUUGUCCCUCUUUCAGUUGGCUGUUUGGUGACUUCAGAGGAGCCCUGCCUGCCUACCUGUCUCCCAAUGAUUCUCCUGCUUCCUCUCCCUGCUUCUGGUGGAGGCUGGGGAGCCUCUGAUCUCUCUGAGCCCCGGGCCCCUCCCUCUGUCCAGAUGAGAAGAGGGUGGAGGUCAGCGCCCGCCCCGGGGGUAGCCCCGUCUUGGGUCAUGAUGUUCCAGUGGGCUAGUGGGUAUGGCACGGUGGUGGUGGUGGGGGGAACACUCUUGCAAGUAGACAUCCCCCCCAGCCCCCAGGCAACAAGUUAGAACAGGGUGCUCCCUGUGCCACACCGAGGGGCUCACCUGUAGCUCAGGAGCCUGCUCCAGGAGGGAGAGACAAGAAGGGAGGCCCAGAGCACAGGCUCCCAGCAGGGCUGGGGGUGGAGGGGCACCUCAGUGGCCAGGCUUCUUGGAUGGCUUCAGGGGCACUGGAGACGGGCGCUUCGGAGAGUGGUUACAGGCAGAAGGAGGGACAGCUGACUGUGCUGUUCCCCUCCUGGUGGGGUGUUACAGAAAGACUGAGGGUGAGCUCUGUGGCCAGGCAGAGCUGUCCCCGAGGGGGUGGUGACUCCGCCAGGCCGCCUGCUGUACUCCUCAGAUGUCUCCGAGCCUCCUUGUCCCGCUCCGUAAAAUGGGGGCAGCGUCCUCUGUCCGUGCCUGGGGGCAGCCCUGGCUUUGGGUUCCCUCGGGGCACUCGGCAGGGCUUUGAGCCUUGGUGGCAGGGGAAGGGGCCGCCCUGCCCUGGGCUCCUCCAGUUGUCCCAGUUCCAGGUUCAAAGUCACAGGGCUUUCAGCCGGCAGCAGCCUGGGGGCGGGGCCGCGAAGCUCUGAAGCUUCUCCCCUGGGACCUCUGUCCUUGCCCGGGAGUGAGUCGGAGGCUCCUGGGCUCAGCUGAUGUUCUCUGAGGAGGACUUGGAAUGAACCCGAGGCACGGAGGGAUGAGGUCAGUGGUUUUGCUCGGCAAGGAGGCCCAAGUCAGUGACAGACCUGUCACAGCUCCCGGGAUUCCUGGCCACAGUCUCCGGCUCCGCCUCGUCCCCUCCCGUCCGUCCUCAGGGCAGGGCCGCGGGUUUCUUUGCUGAGUGUCUCCUCCUGUCCCAGCGGGGGUUUCUUUCCUGAGUGUCUCCUCCUGUCCUAGCGGGAUGCCCAGGAGGUUCUCCCCCUGCGGGUGGCUUUCGUAUACUGAUUGAUUUCAUUGAUUCCUUACCCUGCACUCUGUGAGGUGUCUGAGCAACUAAAACCCAGAAUUGCCACUGGGAGCAGGCUGAGAGCGCUGUGGAUUUGAACGUGCCCCUCCGCUGCCCCUCUGUACUUGGAGGCCCAUUCUGUCCACUGAGCCACACUGCCAUGUGGGCUGGGAUGCCAGGAGAGGGCUUCAGAGAGCUGUGUGGUCCGCAGCCCAGCUCCCAGCACCCCGUGGGCAGCCAUGUCUAUGGUUUGGACAGGAUGACUCCGCGGGCUGCUUAAAUGUCUCCUGAGCCCUCCACCACGAGCACGUGCAGAAGGGCGCUUUGACACCUCAGUUUUUAAUCUCAUGGUCCACCGGCAUCAGACUCUGGAAGAGUAGCCUUUUCUAGCAGUUUAAUUUAUAUUUUGAUUGCACAGGGUCUUUACUGCUGUGUGCACAGGCUUUCUCUGGUUGCGUGAGUGGGGACAGCUCUUGGUUGCGGUGCGUGGGCUUCUUGUGGCAGUGGCGUCUCUUGUUGCGGAGCACGGGCUCUGGGCACAUGGGCUUCAGUAGUUGCAGCACAUGGGCUCAGUAAUCGUGGCACGAGGGCUGAGUUGCUCCGAGGCACAUGGAAUCUUCUCGGCUCAGGGAUUGAACCCAUGUCCUCUGCAUCAGCAGGCAGAUUCCUAUCCACUGUACAGUGGUCCUUUAAUUCAAGGCAGUGGUCUCAGUUUCUUGCUCCUGAGUCAGUUUGAUCCUGAGAAGGUGUUCUGGGUUUUCCCCCAGCUGGCUCCUGUACCCCUGGCCUCCACGUGCCCCCUGGGGGUAUGGACAUCCCUGUGGGUGGUGGCGGUGGGGGUAUAUGUUCAGUAUUGCGAAUAAAGGCACACGGAUGGGGAGAGGGAAGAGGGGGCCCAGUUUGGCUGCAGAGGCAGGUGGCGGUGAGCAGGCCGAGGAGGAGGUAAAGGCUGAUCGGGACUGUAUUCUAAGAGGCUCAAGGCCAGAAUGCCAGCCCUGGGGGUUCCGAUCUCGCCCUGCAGGCAGAGAGGGUCAUCGUGGCUGGGCACCGUGAGUCCCCCUUGCUUAAUACACAGUCACCACCCAAGAGGCUCACGAAGGGCCAUGUGCUGUGGAUCUGCGGAGCAGAAAGGUUCCUGCCCUCAGAGGGCGAGCCGUCUAGUGGAUGCAUACGCAAGGGUGGGAUUAUCAAGAAGUUCACAUGCUGGCCUCUUCUGCAAGGGUUAGAGUCAGGGAAUGCAGGGCAGGGGGUGCAGGGUGAGUUCAAGAAAGGGCUGAGCAUGGAUUUGGUUGCCAGUCUUAAGUGAUUGGCUUCCUGUGAUAAAAAGAAAGGGAGGCAAGUAAAGGGAGGAGGGGGGGCUUCCCUAGUGGUCCAGUGGUUAAGAAUCUGCCUUCCAAUGCAGGAGGCGUGGGUUCGAUCCCUGGUCAGGGAACUACGAUCCUACAUGCCCUGAGUUGCAGUCAAAAAGUGGGGGGAAAAAAAAAGGGGGAGAGGCCCAAUGAAGGAAGAACUGAUGGUACUUGGUAGUGACAUGUGGGGAGCUGGGAAAGGACCUGCAGGCUAUCACAGGUGCUACAGGAGAACAGGGAAAGCUGGGAAGUGGCCCAGCUUCCAGAGAUGGGGAAGCAGGGACCUGUGCUGGGGGCUACCGUGAGCCGUGUUUGUCAGUCAGAACUUGACUGGCCUAGAGUGGGUAACUAGUGCUACGAAAUCCACAAACAUCGGGAAAAGACUGCAGCUCGUUCCUGGAACACAGGCAAACUUUUGAACUUUCUGUUUGGGUCUCUGUAGGGCGGAUGACUCACUGCAGAGCCCCUCCUAACCUCUGUUGAUGAUCAGCAGGGGUGGGAGGCCCCAGAGCCGCCCUGCUCUGCAGCAGCCCGACUUGCCUCGAAGAGCCCAGAUUGCAGGGGUGGAUGGCCUGGCUGUGAAAUAGCUGAGAAAAACCCUGGCCUCUGAGCUUCCAGGGUCCGAGGCUGUCUGUCUCACUAGUUGUGUGUAAAUCCACAUGUCACCCUUUGAAGAAAUCACGGGGUGGGCCUGGAGUCGGACCCUAGAUGUGACUUUAGAAAAGUCCAGAGUCCCCGGGGCACCUGAGGAGGUGGAUGAAAUCUGACCAAUGAAAUGUGUCCACUGGGUUGGGCCCCUCUGGGGGAGGGCGGGGCCAGCUGAUGCUGGACCCAGAGAUGAGUUAUUUACAACAGAAACGAGACUUGGCCAUCCAGGCAGCCUGGACCUGCUGCUGUGCCCGUUGUGGGUGGUGGAGAUGUGCAGUGUGUACCUGGGUGGCCUCGCCACCUGUUGCUACUCAUCCUGCUGGAGCCCCCUCAGAUGGGGAAGCAUGGUGGCCCCCCCAGGGCUGGGUCCCUGGGGGGUGCCCUGCUUGGGUGCCUGGUGCAGACGGGGCCUGGCUCGGUUGGCUUCUGCCUGGAGCUUGGGGUGGCCCCUGGAUUUGCCUUUGCGCCUUUAUUCUCUCGUGUCUCUGAUUACCUGUGCUCGGUGACCUUGGGCGCCACCCAGGCACCCAGCUGAGAGUCGGCCUGCCUGCUGGCGCACUCUCGUUGUAUCAGUCUCUGCAAGGAAGGGCAGGCGGGAAACUGUCCUCCGAGGCAGGUGGAAAGCCCAGGGAAGAGCGGCCUUCUCCACAGGGCCGCCACCCACCUCUCGGGGCAGCGGCCUGGAAGACUCCGGCCUACGCCCAGCGUUUCCUGUGUGUCACCCCCAGCCCACACUUCCUGCAGGGCCCAGAGGAAAAUGGCAGUUCCUGUUGAGUGAGGCAUGAGUCAGCGGAGAGGAGCGGUGGCUGAGUCUUCUUAACCUCCAGGCACAGCUAUUAAAUAUUUAAACGACACUCCAGUAUUGAUCGUUUCUCCUCCUGGCCCCUUAGGGAGCACAGUUUCCCUGUCUGGGAUUCAGAUAAUAGCAGUAUCUUGGAUUUAGACAAACUCUGAAGAACUCCAGGAAAGUUCUCUAUAAAUCUCACCCGAGAUUAUAUCGUCUCCUCCUCCUCAGAGCUUGCAAUCUGGCGUGGGAGCCAAUUGGGUCUGCUUAUUUUAGGCCGACUCAGUGACGGGUACCUGGCAGGCUGGGUCCACUGCUUUCUCUGGCUCACGGCUCCUUCUCCAUCUUCUUCCUCCUCACCGUCCCGCUGUCUUUCAACCCUUCAUGCUAGCUGCUGGGGAUAGGGCACCCAGAGCUUAAUUUCUUGGAGAGGAGGCCGUUGGUUGACAAGAACCCAGAACCCAGAUCGGCAGGGGAAGGUGCCUCCGAGAGACCAAGUUCCUGGUCAGGUCCUAGCCCAGGCUUGCCGGGGCUGGGUGGUACAGAGCGGACCUGGCUGAAAUGGUCGGACUGGCCCUUCCUAGUCCCAGAUCUGCCUGUCCUCCCAGGACAGUUAUCAGGAUAAAUAUACCCAGCUCCCCAUUCCUGGGGAGUUACUCAGCGAGCAAAAGUGCCCCGCUGCUGUGGAUUAGAUUACCUCUGCCCCUACUGCUCAUGUGCUCGGGGCUGGGGGAGGGGAGACCCGCCCUCCAGCAGCUAGCCUUCCUAAUCUGGAAGUCUCAGCAGAGGGGGCCGAGAGACCAUCCCCAUGGAGGGGAGCCGGCCCUGCUGUUAAUGCGGCCCCUUCCUUAGGCAGGGCUGAGCCCUGCUCCCUGCUUGCAUCCUGAGCUUGGGCAGCUUCUCCUUGGACCCUCGAGGUGACCAAGGCCGCCCCGGUGGUCAGCAGGGGUGGAAACCUCUCGCCCGGCGUUCUGAGCCCAGCAGGGUGGGCAGGCCGGAAGGCCGGGCCUCUCCAGGUCCAGCAGGGAAGGGACUUGCUGUCUGUGUGAGAGGCUGGGUCUCACCAUAAAUGGCGGGGAGGGACGGCUGGCCCUGGGCCACUGGGACAGCCUGUACUGGAGCUCUCGGGGCAGGAUCCGCUCUACCCUCCCUCGGCUUCUCAGCUCCUAAGGAGAUACCUGCCUAGGCCAUGGAAGCUGAGUUAAAGUGGCUGCAGAAAGAAGACGCCCUGCUGGCGGACCUGGAGUCCACGACCUCCCACAUCUCCAAGCGGCCUGUGUUCUUGUCUGAGGAGACCCCCUACUCCUACCCGACUGGGAACCACACGUACCAGGAGAUUGCCGUGCCCCCCGUCCCACCGCCCCCAUCCAGUGAGGCCCUCAAUGGCACGGUCCUCGACCCCUUAGACCCCUGGCCACCCAGCACCUCCCGAUUCACCCACCAGCAGCCUCAGUCCUCAUCCCCCGUGUACGGCUCCAGUGCCAAGACUUCCAGUGCCUCCAACCCCCAGGACGGCGGCGGGCCCCCGUGUCCCCGAGCCGGCGAGGAAGACCACGUGUACAGCUUCCCCAACAAGCAGAAGUCAGCUGAGCCUUCGCCCACCGUCAUGAGCUCCUCCUUGGGCAGCAACCUCUCUGAGCUCGACCGCCUGCUGCUGGAGCUGAAUGCCGUGCAGCAUAAUCCCCCGGGCUUCCCCGCAGAUGAGGCGAACUCCAGCCCGCCACUGCCGGGGGCUCUGAGCACCCACUACGGCGUCCCAGAGAAUAACAGUCUGCUGGGGGGCAAAGCUGGACCGCUGACCAAAGAGAAGCCCAAACGGAACGGUGGCCGGGGCCUGGAGGACUUGCGGCCCAGCGUGGAGAACCUCUUGGAUGAGCUGGAGAGCUCCGUGCCCAGCCCCGUCCCCACCAUCACUGUGAACCAGGGCGAGAUGAGCAGUCCCCAGCGAGUCACCUCCAGUCAGCAGCAGACGCGCAUCUCAGCCUCCUCCGCCACCAGGGAGCUGGACGAGCUGAUGGCCUCGCUGUCGGAUUUUAAGACCAGCUCCUCCUCUGCUGUGGCCUUGAGCUCCUCGGGGCUGCCGCCCGGCUCAGCUCCAUCCUCACACCACAGCCUCUCCCCUCCACCUCCUGCCGGGCCCUCUGGAGGCCUGCCACCCCCUCGGAAGCCCUCCCCUCAAGGCCACAGCCACACCCUGGGCGUCCUCUGCGCCAAGGACAACGUGGCCCCCGGCCAGCUCGAUUUGGCUGGCUUUGGGGUGAUGCCUGACACCCCCAACUCAAGGUUUCCCUCCACAGAGGGUUGGCCGGGGCCGCUGAGUAUAGAGAGCCAGGCUCGCGUUCGGAGGGACCCACCAGACCUGGUCGGGGAGCUCUGCAGGGCGCCUCCUGGCCCCAUUCUACCCUACCCUGGGGGCACAGGUCCCCAGGAGCCUGGGGCCCCCCAAGCGCCGUUAGCCAACGCUUUGCACCCGGAAGAGGCGGUGGCUGCCACUUGGCAGGGGCCAUGGGCUCUGGGGGCACUCAGGCCUGAGCCCCCGCAGGGAGCUGCUCCCAGCUUCCAGGAGGUCACCGAGCCGGCCGUCGUGGCUGUGGACCGUCAGGCCGUCUUCCCCGAUACCUGGAGCCUCGCGGAGGAACGUGGAUGGCAGGAGAGGGCAAGGCUGGAGCCAGGGGCGCCGGAGAGCGGCUGCCAUACCCCCGUUGAGGACGAGCAGCUAGGUGGAGAGACGCCCCCGGCAGGUGGCCUGGUCAGGCCAGCCCGGGGACCUGAGACCCCCAGGAGGCCAGAGGGCACCACCGAAGUCACCACCGAGGCCAGGAUGGACCGGCCAGAACUCCCACGGGCUGUGGCCGUGGACAUGCCCAGCACCACUGAGAGGAUUUCCACAUCUAGCCAGAUCCGCUCGGUGAUCAGGAGGAGCCGGGAGACCGGCCACGCUCACCCCAUGUCCCGGGAGCCCUCCCCUCGCCGCCGGCUGGACCCCGCCACCCUAAGCAGGACCCCGUCCCAGGAGCGGCUCAUCGCCGAGCUGCAGGGUCGGCUGGGCAUCCGGCCGGAGGCAGAGGAGGCCGCGGGGGCCGCAGGGGCCUCCACCGAGGACUGGCUGACCGAGGGCAUCGUCAUCACUGUGCAGCCGCGUGGGAGGCGGGCUGGGGGGCAGCUGGUGGAGAAGGUCGUCUUCCCUCCUGGCUCUCCUAUUCCCCUGCGGAGAACCUUCUCUGUUCUGCCUUCUUCUCUUCCUCCUCCCAGCCCUCUGCUCCAGCACCGCAAAGACGCCUCCUCGGCCAGCAGCUCUCCUCCCCUGCCCAGCCCGCCCACCCACUGCGGCCCCUCUGGGGUCCAGAGCACUGGGACGGGGCGGCGGGGAGUCGGUGUGCAGGGCCCCACCCCGUGCGUGGCUGCACCCCGCUCCGUGAGGUCCAUAGGCUGCCAGACCGAUGAGGAUCCGCUCUUCCCCCCGAUGCAGAUCCAGGACCUGGAACAGAGAGCAGAUGGCGAGCUGUGCUGGGCGGCUGGCUGGCCUCUGAACGGCAGGCAGAGCGGCCCUGAAGGGCAGGACGUGGGAGGGUUUAUGGCCCAGGGGAAGACGGGGAGCAGCUCUCCCCCAGGGGGCCCCCCGAAGCCCGGGAGCCAGCUGGACAGCAUGCUGGGGAGCCUGCAGUCUGACCUGAACAAACUGGGGGUCGCCACGGUCGCCAAGGGGGUCUGCGGGGCCUGCAAAAAGCCGAUCGCGGGGCAGGUGGUGACGGCCAUGGGCAAGACGUGGCACCCCGAGCACUUCGUCUGCACCCACUGCCAGGAGGAGAUCGGCUCCCGGAACUUCUUUGAGCGGGAUGGACAGCCCUACUGUGAAAAGGACUAUCACAACCUCUUCUCUCCGCGCUGCUACUACUGCAAUGGGCCCAUUCUGGAUAAAGUGGUGACAGCCCUCGACCGGACGUGGCACCCUGAGCACUUCUUCUGUGCCCAGUGUGGAGCCUUCUUCGGGCCUGAAGGGUUCCACGAGAAAGAUGGCAAGGCCUACUGCCGCAAGGAUUACUUUGACAUGUUCGCGCCCAAGUGUGGCGGCUGCGCCCGGGCCAUCCUGGAGAACUACAUCUCGGCCCUCAACACCCUCUGGCACCCCGAGUGCUUUGUGUGUCGGGAGUGCUUCACGCCGUUCGUCCACGGCAGCUUCUUUGAGCACGAGGGGCAGCCCUACUGCGAGGCGCACUACCACGAGCGGCGGGGCUCGCUGUGCUCGGGCUGCCAGAAGCCCAUCACGGGCCGCUGCAUCACCGCCAUGGCCAAGAAGUUCCACCCCGAGCACUUCGUCUGCGCCUUCUGCCUCAAGCAGCUCAACAAGGGCACCUUCAAGGAGCAGAACGACAAGCCUUACUGUCAGAACUGCUUUCUCAAGCUCUUCUGCUAGGCGCCCUCGUCCCUCCCCGUGGCCCCUUCCCUGGCCCAGCCUCCUCACUGCUGCUGGGACCCAGAGGCCUCGUCCCGGGGGGGCCGGGGUGGGGGGCGGUGGCGAAGGGGCCAACCCGACUGAAACUGGAACCGUGUCCUCGGCGAUGGCGAGAGGACACUGAGGGGUCCUGCCUGCUUCUCUUGCCCCCUGCCAGCGCCGCUGGGCCACCUUCCUCCUCCCGAGGCUCCCCCAGGCUGCCAGCCCAUCACCCUCCCCCGAGGCAGAGGCUGGAGGGUCCCACCUGCGUCCCCACAAGCCCGCCUGGCCAAGCCAGCACCCCACACUGGAGCCAUCUCUUACUUGUAUUUUGGCAGUGGAGCUGGGGGUGGGGAGGGCAGGCAGGGUCAGACGGGGGCCUCUUUGCAUCCUUAUCCCCAACCCCAACCUCAUCAGCCUUGUUCUGAGAGUACCGGGGUGGACACAAGCUCCCCCCAGACAAUGCCAGCAUCCACCCAACCCAUCCACCCACCCAUCCACCCAAGGGUGGACGUACCCGCGGGGCCACGGAAGGUUCCUCACGUGCCUCCUGCCCCUCCCGUCUCCCCAGGCCUGGGCAGCUGCCCCCAACACCUGCCCCCCCACCCCCCCACAACUGCUCUGGUUCUACUGAGAAAGGCCUCUCCAGCAAUAAUGUUUUCCAGGCACCUCCUCCGUCUCCUGGGGCCGCGUGAGGUGGUGAAUGUCACCCCGUUGCCCAGACACUGUACCGACUUUGAUAGUUUUCUACACUGAGGUUUGGAUUCAUAUCGUCUGAGUUGCUUUUACUUCUCUAUACGAAACUGACUUUGAAGAGAUUUUACAGACGACUCCUUUUGUACUCCUCCCCGUGUGCACCACGGUGGCUGCGGGAUACACGGGGCCUGCCUUGUACUGAAGGCUCGGGGCGGGGAAGCAAUUCGUAUCUUAUUUUUUUCUUAGCACAAGCAGGUGAACAGGGAGCGGCUCUGUUGACUCCCUAUCUUUAACUUCAUAGCUCUCCGGGACUGUUUUUAUAAACUGCUGUAUUUCGAACCCCUUCCUUACUCCCCAGGCCAGCAAGCUCUUCACUGAAACCCACCUGAACGGUGUCUUGCCCUCUGGGGCCGAGAAUUCCGAACCUCAUCCGUCCUGUUUCUGAGCGGGGAGAGAGGGGGACGUCCACUCUGGGGGUGCCCCUUCCCUGUGUAAGCUGUUAGGAGUGCUCACGCCCCUGUGAACUUUCUGGCCACAAAGAGAACAUUCUCAGCCCCCUCCCCCCGCUACUCUGGGGGUCCUUUCUUCUGCCUCCUCAGGAAAGCUGGGAUCUGAUUUUGACCAUUAGUCUUGUUGAUUCCACUGGGUGCGUCCCUUCCCCAAAUUUCCUGCCUUCCCUGGAGACUGGUGGUGGCCCCCCCAGGAGAGAGCCCACUCAGGCUGUUGCCUGGGGGCCUGAUAGGAUUCUGGGCGGAGGGACAAGAACAGCAGGAGGCAACAGGAAGCCCCCUGAGGAUGAGACAGGCAGGGCUGGGGUUCCCGGUCGGUGGAACGGGGCCCCAGUGGGGUCUUAAGUGAGGACAAGCCAGACCCACACCACCAACCUCACCAGAGGCUGGGUGUCCUGAGCCUCUCAGGAGGGGAAGGGGGUCCCUCCUUGGAGGUGGGGCUGGGAGCAGCCUGGGUCUGGGGAGCUCGGCCAGGUCCUGCCACAGGUCUGAUGUCUCCACUUCUACUCUUAGGCCUUAUUGCUCUGUUUACAGUGACCCACCCCAGACCCCUCCCCUAGAGGAUCUGGGGCUUCCAGAGGUUCUACCCUCUGGGUGGAUGGUUAUUUGAUGAUUUGAUUUUUAAUUUUUUUUUUCCUCUGUAAACUUAUAACCUGGCUUUUUCCCAUUUUAAUUCCUGUGAUUUAUGCCAAUAAAGUUUGCCAUUAUUUU